CCCUGGUAGAGGGCUGCCUUCCCAGGGGCCCGCAGAAGCCAGUGCGAGAGCUUGAGGGUCAGGUCCCCACGGUGGAGCCCUCUAGCCAGAUCCCACAUAAGCCCUUGGUCCUUACACAGGCCACAGUGAAGGCAGCAGCAGGGCCGGCUUUUGAGACAGCAGAGGAGGGGGAGGAGGAUGGGCUUAGUGGGUGGGAUGUCGCUGGCCGACCAAGGAUGGAACAGUAGCCACCGUGGGACACAGGGACACCGUUAGAGCUGCAGGACACAGCUCCCCUCGAUUGCCAGUGUUUCUAACACUUUUUAGACUUCCCCUGGAGGGAAAGCUUGCUGCUGGGGUGGGGGUCACCACCAGAUCCCGGUUUCUGCUCUUGAACUCAGGGACUCAGACAUAGUUCAGAUGGCUGCCCACAUCUCACCUCUCAGAGAUCAUGGCACAACAUAGCACAUCUGAGCCUCGGUUACCUCUCUGAUGACUCCCAAGGCCACUGAUACCAGUCCGUCAAUAUGUGGGGGAUUGGUGACUACCUCCAGUUAGUGAAGGACACAGGUGUCAGUGAAGGACACUGGAGAAAGCCAGGUGGCUUUGAAGUGAGCAUGUGUGUUGGGUGAUGGUUUUGUUUUUUAACAUUUAUGAGUUUAUUGCACACACACAUACAUGCACACACGCGUAUGCACGCACAUGUCCAUAUCAUGGAAUCCGUGCAGAAGUCAGAGGACCACUUGCAGGAGUCAGUUCUUUCUGUCCACCAUGUAGGUCCUGGGGAUUGAAGCCAGCUCACCAGGCUUAGCAACAAAUACCUUUUCGUGUGGGGCCACCUCCCAAGCUUUGUCCUUGUCUGUUAGAGCCCCACUACACAGCCCAGACUCUACUGGAACUUCCAAUCUUAGCUUCCUGAGUGUUGGGAGGUCUGGCUGGCACUACCACACCUGACUUUCAGUCGUAGUUCUAAAGGCAGCCUACCGCUUAUGGGGACCAAAGGGGACUGCUUAGGAGGGGGCUCAGCAGCCUCCCAGGAGCCUCCCUGUCACUCACUGCUGCAGGAUGAGGAGCUACUGGGCCACGUGCAGAGUGCCAUCCUGCAGGUCCAGGGCGACUGUGAGAAGCUCAACGUCACUACCAGCAACCUCAUUGAGGACCAUCGGCAGAAGCAGAAAGACAUUGAAGUGCUGUACCAGGGAAUAGAGAGACUGGAUAAGGAAAAGGCUGACCGAGAGCAUCUGGAGAUGGAGAUUGAUGUAAAAGCGGACAAGAGUGCUCUGGCAUCCAAAGUGAGCCGCAUCCAGUUUGAUGCCACCACCGAGCAGCUGAACCACAUGAUGCAGGAACUGGUGGCCAAGAUGAGUGGCCAGGAGCAGGACUGGCAGAAACUUGUGGACAAGCUCCUGGCAGAGAUGGACAGCAAGCUGGACCGCCUGGAGCUGGACCCAGUGAAGCAGAUGCUGGAGGACCGCUGGAAAUCGCUGCGGCAGCAGCUCAAAGAGCGCUCCCCACUCUACCAGGCCGACGAGGCCGCUGCCAUGCGGAGGCAGCUCUUGGCUCAUUUCCACUGCCUGUCCUGUGACCGUCCCUUGGAGACAGCUGUGACUGGACAAGUCAUCUCUAUGACCCCUAUAGUUCCCAGCAUGCCGGGGCACCGUUCUGUCCGGCCUUAUACUGUGUUCGAGCUAGAACAGGUCCGACAGCAGAGCCGCAACCUGAAGUUGGGCGGCAGCUUCGCUCGAGGCGAUCUGUCACAGAUGGAGAGGAGCGUGGGGCGCCUGCGCAGCAUGCACUCCAAGAUGCUGAUGGACAUUGAGAAAGUGCAGAUCCACUUCGGAGGCUCUGUGAAGGCCAGCAGCCAGAUGAUCCGAGAGCUGCUACAUGCCCAGUGCCUCAGCCACCCAUGCUACAAACGGGGAGUAGACACGGCAGAUUACACCUACUCAACUGUGCCCCGUCGCUGUGGCGGCAGCCACACCCUCACCUACCCUUACCGCCGAAACCGCCCGCAGCACCUGUCCCCACUGGAGGAGAUCCAGAUUGCCAUGAAGCACGAUGAGGUUGACAUCUUGGGCCUUGAUGGUCACAUCUACAAGGGACGAAUGGAUACAAGGUUGCCAGGCAUCCUAGGGAAAGACGGAAUGGCAAAGCACAAGUCGAAGCAGCUGCAGCAGCUGCAGCAGUUACAACAGUUCCAGCAGCUGCAGCAGCUCCAGCAACUCCAGCAGGCCCAGCACGCCCGGCCCCACAUGCACAGACAGCCAUCCCUGGGCCACAGCGGCCUGCCACCCUCUCGACCUCAGAGUGCACAGACGGCUGACAGCAAUUCAGGGCGAAAGAAAGACAGACCUCUUUCCUCUGAGGGGCGCCUCACCCAGCCGAGUGUGGCCCACACAUCCACCCUCACAGAGACGGCAAGUCUGCGUGGUAGCCCAGAUGGGCUGAACAUGCACAUGGGUGGGCAUCCUGGGCAGGGGAUGGAGGAGCCUACCCGGGGACCGAGGUCCACCACUGCUCACUAGACAGAGAUAUAAAUAAAAGUUUUAAAUAAGGCAUUUGGAUACCAAGAGAUGUCUCUGCUGUCCUGCUUCAAGAAGAUGGAGUGAGCAGAAGGUGCCUGCUAUUGGCUAAGCAGUCCUGGGCUUUUAGGUCUCCUCCACAUCUGAAGUAGGUCUGGUUUAUGGUUGGGGAGCUAGAACUCAAGCCCCGCUGAGCUGCUCUGAGGACGCAGGAGCUCAGAGAGGGAGAAUGUUGCACCCAGGGCAGGGAGGAAUGCUGGGGCAAGACUCCAGACCUGGUUCUGGGAACCUGGGGACAGGCUGGGCCUGUUCACAUUACCAGUGCUCAUCUGACAAUGCUAACUAUCUUCUAGUCUGUAGGACGGGUCCAGGGAAUUCUGAGUAGGCUGGGACCCAUGGUGUUUGUACACCAGUUCUACUUAGAGGUGAGGUGUAGCUACCACCUGCUCCCUGGCUGCUGGCUCAGGGUAGCUCCUGGCUCCGCACACAGCUUCCAGCCAGAAGAACAAACCCAUACUGGUGGGCAGUUUUCCACCAGCCAUGUUCUGCAUGCAGUCUUCUUGGAUGAGUUGCUGCAGAUGGUAGCUUGAAAGCCAGCCCUGGUUGAGGGGCUCAGUGCAUGGCUGCCCAGACGCGGGGCGGGGGCAGGGGGCGGG